ACUACUUCCUGAUCUACUCUCCUCCCUUCUCCACUCCCUGUCCAUCCUUUCACGCCCCCCUCAGUGCAGGUCAGAGACUCACGUUCUAACCUUUCAUCACAGCAGUAGUACAUAAGGCAUCUACCCGGAGCUAACACACCCACCGGCUCACAGUCUGCCCGCAGAUUUUCAAAAAUGGAUUCCCUCUGUGAUGCAAAUGGCUCCUUCGCACUUAAUCUUUUCCGGAGGUUAAGUGAGGACAAUAAGUGUAAUAUGUUUUUCUCUCCCUUGAGCAUCUCUUCUGCACUUGCUAUGGUCUAUCUGGGGACUAAAGGCAACACAGCUGCACAGAUGUCAAAGGUGCUUCAAUUUGAAAAAGCAAAAGACCUACACGUGGACUUCCAGUCACUUAUCAAUGACAUCAACAAGCCAGGCACGGAUUACCUGUUGAGAACAGCUAAUCGGCUCUAUGGAGAAAAAUCUUUUACAUUUCUUGAUGAAUUUCUUGGAUCGACUAUGAAAUACUACCUUGCAGAUUUAAAGUCUGUAGAUUUUUGUGCAAAGUCUGAAGACUCCAGGAAGGAAAUAAAUGACUGGGUGGCACAAAAAACCGAAGGUAAAAUCCAGGACCUAUUACCAAGUGGCAGUGUGGAUUCUCUGACCAGACUAGUACUUGUGAAUGCAAUUUACUUUAAAGGAAACUGGGCAAACCAAUUUGAAAAGCAGCGCACAAGCGAAAUGCCGUUUCGACUCAGCAAGAAUGAAUCAAAACCUGUACAGAUGAUGUACAAGAAAGCAAAAUAUCAGAUGACUUAUGUUGGUGAUUUGUUGACCAAAAUUAUUGAGAUACCUUAUGUUAAUAAUGAACUCAGUAUGAUUAUACUUCUCCCCGAUGACAUUGAAGAUUCAACAACUGGACUUGAAAAGCUUGAAAAGGAAUUAACCUUGAUGAAGUUCAUGGAAUGGACCAACCCCAAUAUGAUGGACCGAACAGAGGUCGAGCUGUAUUUACCCAAAUUUAAACUGGAAGACCAUUACGACUUGGAGUCUGUUCUUAGCAGUAUGGGGAUGUCUGAUGCCUUUGAUGUUGGAAAAGCAGACUUCUCCGGCAUGUCUGGCAGCCGCGACCUUGUACUGUCUAAAGUGGUGCACAAAUCUUUUGUGGAAGUGAAUGAGGAAGGAACAGAGGCGGCUGCGGCCACUGGUGCAAUCAUGAUGCUUCGCUGUGCCAGGAUUAGGCCAAGAUUCAAAUGUGACCAUCCUUUUCUUUUCUCUAUAAUACACAAACAAUCCCGAAGUGUUCUGUUUUUUGGUAGAUUCUGUUCUCCCUGAAAUUAAUAAGCGGAAAAUAUUGUAUUCUGCAUUAUUCUCUUUAUGCCAUUAUUUAUUCUUUGUGUUUCUUCUAUUCAAGAGCUCUGUGGAAAUCUGUUUUCACAAUGCUGUGUGCAGUUUAUCAUUGUCUUUGAAAACUUAGUGUAGCUUUGGUCUGUUGAAUGACAGCUUAAAAGUGAUACACAAAUAUAAUAUUUGAUGUUUUUGAAAGAAAAACAAAA